AUGAAGGCCAGUCUCACUUCCCUCCUCCUUGCCACCUUGGCCGGUUCUGCCGUCGCGCAGACGCAGAAGACCAACACCGCCAAGUUCGACAAGGACUACCUUCGUGCCUCCAGUGCUCCCAAUGCUAUUGGAAUGAAGGAGCUUCGCCAGCGCAAGAUGGCCCUCCAUGAGAGCGAGGCUGCUGCCGGUGUAUUUGACAAGGACCGCUACAAGGUGCUCAGCUCUGUGACACCUUGUUCCGACGGCAAGGCAGGAGAAUACUCUUGCAACAAUAUCGAUCUCUUGGGUUUCUUGCGUCACCAGGACAUGGGUAGCCGUACCCGCGUCGGCAAUGACAUCUGGGGCUGGACUCACUCUAGUGGUCGCGAGUUUGCUCUUGUUGGACAAACAGAUGGUACUGCUUUCGUUGAGGUUAAGCCUGAUGGUAGCCUGACCUACGUUGGCCGUCUUCCCACCCAGACUGUCGCCUCUUCGUGGCGCGACAUCAAGGUCAUUGGCAACUACGCUUACAUUGGCUCUGAAGCUGCUGGUCACGGUCUCCAGAUCUUCGACUUGACCAAGCUUAUCAACACUGAUCCCAAGAACCCUCCUACCUUCAGCAUCCGAAGUGACUUGGCCGCACACUUCACCGGCUUCGGCAGCAGCCACAACAUUGUUGCCCACGAAGAGACAAACCUCAUUGCCGCUGUCGGUACCGCCCGCGAUCUCAAGUGCCGUGCUGGUCUCUGGAUGAUUGAUGUCUCCAACCCCAAGCGACCCCAGGAUGCUGGCUGUGUCGCCAACGACGGUUACGUUCAUGACGCUCAGUGUGUUAUCUACAAAGGACCCCAGAAGGCUUUCCAGGGCCGCGAGAUUUGCUUCAACUAUAACGAGGAUGCUCUUACUAUUGUUGACAUCUCUCGCCGAACUAUGCCUCGCCAGAUUUCUCGCACUACAUAUAACGGCGCCACAUACACUCACCAGGGUUGGGUGACCGAGGACCACAAGUACCUUCUUUUGGACGACGAGCUCGAUGAGCAAGAAAAGACUGGUCCUGCUGCUGACCAGCACACCACCACAUACAUCGUCGAUAUCCAAGACCUUGAGUACCCCGUCUUCCGUGGUGUUUACAAGAGCCCUGUUCGCGCAAUCGAUCACAACCAGUACAUCGUUGGUGGCGUCUCAUACCAGGCCAACUAUGGAUCCGGUCUGCGCAUGGUCAACGUCAGCUCAAUUAACCAAGACGACACUGGUGCUGGCUUCAAGGAGAUUGGUUUCUUCGAUGUUCACCCCGAGGAUGAUGAGGUCGGUGGCACUGCCGAGUUCUUUGGUGCUUGGUCUGUGUACCCUUACUUCCAGAGCGGUAACAUUGUCGUCAGCUCCAUUGAGCGUGGCAUGUACUCUCUCCGACACACUGGAUAG